AUGCAGGACACACUGGGGGGUAGCGGGUGCGGUAGUGCCAAGGCAACACCCGUUGGCGGCCUUGAUGUCCUCACGCUGCAGACCAUCAAUGAGCAACAACUCAUUAUCUUUCGCCAGAAGGAGCUCGUUAGCACGCUCAAGGAGCGCGUCGAGGAGCUGGAAGACCAACAGCGAGAGGCAGACUUGAAGCUCACAGAGGCUGCGCGCAAGUCGAGCGUGAGCAAAGGCACGCUUUCCUACGAAACUGAGGUGCAGCUGCGACGCCGCGUAGGGACGCUGGAGGGCGAGAACACGAAGCUCAACGACCGCGUCGACAAGCUGUGCGCAGAGCUGAGCACCACUUCAGAGCAGCUGUACGCUCAGCAACUACGUGUUCAGAAGGAGACCGAUGUGUGGAAGGCAAAGGCGAGCAACGCCGAAGCGAAGAGUGUCGCCGCCGCGCACCUUCUAGAGGCGAUGGACAAGCGCAAUCGAAAGCUAUUUAACCAACUCGAAAAGCUCCGUCGUGAAGGUGAGGUUACUGCAUACGAGUGCGCGCAGUGGCGAUCACUCGCGAUCACCGCAGUCAGUCAUCUUGAUCAGGACAACCGGCGCUAUGCAAGCGACCAGAUUAACUCCAUCGAGGAGGAUGUGCGCCGCUAUGCGGUAAAUCGACUUAGCUCUCUGCGCGUCGCUGCAUCAGCCUCUGUAUCGCUCGACGGCGAGACGCCGGAGGAGGCCCGCAAAAUGUGGAGCCGCAGUGCACAGCUCCCAAAGGUGCAUCCCAUGCCGGACGUUCUUCCGCAGCAGGAAACGGUGCACUCACUACUUCACUUGUCGUACCCGCCGCCACUCUCGCCGCCGCUCGCCCCCCGGUUACCCCGACCUGCGGCAUCGCGCGCACUGUCUCUACCGACAUCCGAGCAGGCAAACGCGGAAAUGCAGCCGUCACCACCGCCGCCUGCCGCCGCGUCGUGUCGCUUCCACACAACUAUGGGCAACUCGCCGUCGACGUUCAAGGGGGUAUGUGCGACGCCCUUCCUGGCGGAGGCCAAGGGCGGGACGAACGUCGUCACAUCGCCAAUGCAGGACGCCUACCUGCACUUCAACUUGCUUAGUUCUGUCGAGAAGGGAGGCGUCAUGUCCCACAACCCGCCACACCCCACACGAUGCGGUCCCUCAGACAGCAGCGUCGAGACGGAGGCUGGGCGAUGGGUCUGGCCGGUGCCGAGCUCGUACAACCUCGACUCAUUUGAAGGGGAAUUCGACCAUUUCAGUCGACAGAGUCCUGCCGAGUCCGCGUGA